CUCACGGAUUCGCGAGUACCCAUACACCAAAAUCAUUCUCAAGAUGCCUGCUUCCACCGCAGAACGCCAGAUCAUCCUCAUCACAGGUGCCAACGGCGGCAUUGGCUUCGACACUGCAGCACUGCUCGCCUCUGUCUCUCCCCGCAACCACGUCAUCGUGGGAUCUCGCAACACCACAAAGGGCGAAGCAGCACUCGAGCAGAUUCAAGACAAGGACCCCAAAGGCACAGCUAGUCUUGUCCAGCUCGACGCAGACGACGACGCAUCCAUCAACGCCGCAGUGCAGCACAUCAAGCAGGACUUCGGCCGACUUGACGUCCUUAUCAAUAACGCCGGUAUCUGCAAGGAGACAUACGACGGUCGAUGGCCUUCUCGUGAGGACUUACGCGCAGAAUUCGAGACCAACGUCUUUGGUCCUACAGUUCUAAGCGCUGCCCUCCUCCCACUCUUGAGGCAGUCCAAGGCCCCCAAGAUCAUCAACGUCUCAUCCGGUCUGGGUAGUAUCUCACGUUGCCUUGCUACACCCGAUAAAAGCCCUUACGGUGCCAUCGUUCGUGUGCCUGGGUACCGCAUGACCAAGUCUGCACUUAACAUGCUCACCGCGUAUCAGUACCAGCAGCUGAAAGACGAGGGCUUCAAGGUCUGGAGCUACUGUCCUGGUUUCGUUAUUACGGAUAUUGGUAGGGAUAGGGAGGCGAGGAAGAAUAUGAAUGGGUGUGACAGCUCAGAGACGAGUGCGCAGGGGAUUUUGGAGAUCAUAGAGGGACAGAGGGAUGAAGAGGUCAGCCAGUUUCUACAGAAGUAUGGGAAGCGUUAUGACUGGUAGAUGACACUGGGUACAGUUCAAGU